CACUAAUGUUCAUAUAUGUAAUCUUCAUCCAUCCCGUAUAACACAAACAUAUUACACCCCAAACUUUACGCGUCCAGUUCGCUGACACGGCACCAUGCCUCGCAAGAUUGAGGAAAUCAAAGAUUUCCUGCUGACGGCCAGGAGGAAAGAUGCCAAGUCCGUGAAGAUCAAGAAGAACAAGGACAAUGUGAAAUUCAAGGUGCGCUGCAGCAGAUAUCUGUACACGCUGGUCAUCACUGACAAGGAGAAGGCCGAGAAGCUCAAGCAGUCGCUUCCUCCUGGUCUGGCUGUCAAGGAGCUGAAGUAAAUUUGUGAUGUACAAAAAAUUGUAAUAAAAAUUGAAAAACCAA